CCAUGAUUAACCAAACCAUGAUACAAGCAUUUGGUUCUGUUGAGGACUGGUCUAGUCUGUUACGUGAGAGCUCGAAGCACCAAUAACGCCCAGCGACUAAGUCGGUCUCUCAGUCUGCUAACAUCAAGCGAUGUAGACCCCGCGACAAUAUACCAUGCGGGCAUUUCACCAGGCGGCUGCUGGCGCAUCUAAAGAUGCUGUUGCCCCGCAAAUACAUACCAUAUAGACAGCUCUCGGGACCGUCAACCGGGAUAACCCCACACAUGAGCACGACAUUGAUAAGGUCAAAUGCGACAUUACCUAGUAGUUAUUGCGAUUCUAUGCGACUCGCCAUUGGUUGCCACUCGCGCUGCCUCGCUGCCAGUAGUGUCUUCGGUGUUCGAUACCCAGCAGCCGAUCCGUGGCCGGGUCCGGGUAUGGCGACAUCAAGUCGACCCAUGGCGAUGGCGGGCAAUAAGAAAUCCAGGCCAUGUACUUGCUGAAUUUUAAAACUGUCCCAUG